GCCGGCGAUUGUGGACAGUCUUGGAGCAAGACCUAGGAAGGUAUAUCACAGUCUUGGAAACAUUGGCGUCUGUAGCGGAAGUCUUCGCGAAAGUGGGGCAGUUGCAAUCCAAGUACGGCAUCAUGCGCAUCAGUGUUGAUAAGCAACUCAGUUCAAUCCAGUCAACAGAAACCGGCUCCGAACCGAGGGGAAAACAACGCAAAAGGGACCGGCUCAAGGGUUUCUUCCACCCUCAAAUAUCCGACUGCGAUGUCUCGGAUCCUAGACCAAAGGCUCUAGCUUCCUCCCUAGGACCUUCCAGUGUAGGUGGACAUGCAUUUGCAACCUCGAAUUCAUCUUUAAUGAGUCCUCUACCUCUAAGCGACGAAUCUUCGAUGACAAAGAAUUUUCGCGAAUUGAACCUUGAAUUUGGCGUCCCUGAGGUAUGUGCAAGUAUCCGACGGCUGGAAGAAAAAACCGAACAAUAUCAACGAGCUUUGUCGAUGUACCAUCGCUAUACUUGGGUACUAUCGGACCAUGACGAACUUCGUAUCUUGGUUAAGGAUCUUGAUGGAUACACCAGUGAUCUCGAAAUUAUGACAAAGGUCUACUUCCACACGUCGAAUUGUUGUCCUGACGGGAUUGGGUGGAAUCGGGAAGUCACAAUUGCUCUGGAAUACGGGUAUCGUCAUUUUUCGGAGGACUACAGCGUGUUCUGGAUCAAUGCCGCAAGCCAAGAAACAGUAAACCUCAGCGGCUUGCGGAUUAUGGAAACAUUGAUAAGGCACUACGCCACAAAGUACCAGAGCUGCCCAGAUUUUGCGCGGAUCGCCAUAGAGCUGGGAAUCCCAGGAAUGCUUGACUCAUCCGGAAAGCUGGUUUUAGAAUCCAGCGGUAGACAGUCGGUGUGGGAUAUGGUCCGCUGUCAAAAGCCGGAAAUACGGACUGGUGUCUUGUGAUUGAUGGAUACGAUGACAUGGAUUUAUUCAACGUGUCAGAAUUGCUUCCCGAGGGUGGUCAUGGGCAUAUUAUCGUCACUUCGAGGGACAGGACUGUGGCUACUCAUCUUCGCGGUGACCUUAUUGACAACCACGAGAUAGAGAAGGAGGCA